AUGGUCUCAGCACUCACGAAUCCAAGGCAUCUCGCCUCCCAACUCCUAACCUUUGGCCUAAUCCUCUCCUCAGCAUUCAUGAUGUGGAAAGGUCUCUCCAUCGCAACCGACUCCCCCUCCCCCAUCGUCGUCGUCCUCUCCGGCUCCAUGGAACCCGCCUUCCAACGCGGCGACCUCUUAUUCCUCUGGAACCGAAACAUAUUCGCCGAGACUGAAGUCGGCGAGGUGGUGGUUUACAAUGUCAAGGAUAAGGAUAUUCCCAUCGUACAUCGCGUCGUGAGGAAAUUCGGAACCGGACCGAAUGCCAAGCUCUUAACAAAGGGCGAUAAUAACGUCGGCGAUGAUACGGAACUCUACGCCAAGGGCCAGGAUUACCUCGAGAGACAUGACAUUAUUGGGAGUGUGGUGGGAUAUUUCCCUUUUGUGGGCUACGUGACGAUUUUGUUGUCCGAGUAUCCUUGGUUGAAGACGGCCAUGUUGGGUAUUAUGGGUCUUGUUGUUAUUUUGCAGAGGGAGUAG